AUGGCCAACACUGAUUUGGCAAUGUGGCGUCGUCGAGAAGAAAUUCGCUUAAGCCAAAUGACAAGAAUAAAAUGGGCAAUGGAGGGUGACCAGAAUACCAGGUUUUUUCAUGUUUGUCUUACCUUAAAUAGAAGUAAACAGGUUCUUAGUAUGUGGUCGAAUGAUGCAAUGUUUGAGUCUCCAGAGAGCAUCCACCAAGGUGCAGUUGAUUAUUUUUCUUCUUUUUUACAAGGUGAGUUGACUUCUGAGCACCCUAAUUUUGAUGGACUUAUUGAUCUGGUUAUUUCUGAUGAGGAUAAUGCCUCUUUGCUUUGUGCUCCUUCAUUGGAGGAAGUUUAUGCUGCUUUGUCAUCUAUUUCGAUUAACAGUGCUCUGGGUCCUGAUGGUUUUGGGUCUGGAUUUUAUAAAAGUUGCUGGGAGGUGGUUAAAAAUGAUUUGUGGAAAGCAGUGUUGGAAUUCUUUGACUCAAAGUCCCUUCCGAAGUUUUUUACUGCUUCUUUUUUGGUGCUAAUCCCAAAAGUGGACUCUCCAAUAGGUUUUGAUGAGUUCCAUCCCAUCAGUCUUUGUUGGGUUUUUUAUAAACUUUGCUCCAAAAUUAUUGUCAACCGGUUAACUGGCCUUCUGCCUCGUCUGGUCUCAAUGGAACAAGGAGCCUUUAUUCGAGGUUUUUAG